GCACUAUUGCCGAGUCUCGAGGAGCCUCCCAAGACGGGAAGCGCUCUAAUGACUACGGAGCUAGCUCUCCACAGCCGUGACCAUUAUCAUGAUGACGCCAAUAUUGCAACAGAACCAUCACAAUAUCACAUGCAAGGUAACGCCUAUGUGCCGUUGCCCUCACCGCCAAGCCUUCUACCCGAGAAAACAAUACCAGGUCCUCAACAACCAUUGACUUCACAGACCACGUUCAUUUCUUCUGGCCCACAUGAAUCGGGGUGUGAUUCUAAAUAUAUGACGAUGGCGACCACAGAGACUACUCUAGCUGUCACCAAAACAGCGUCUGGAUGUAUUUUACCGUUGCUGACACCAUUCUCGCCAGCACCUUCCACACCUCCGCCUGCUGUACCAGCACCACUGCCGCCUGGCGCCCAGAAUAAUAAUAAUAAUAGUAGUAGUAAUAACAGUAACAAUAACACUGCACCGAUAUACGCAUCCGUGUGCAUUCCUACUCCCCCUCCCCCUACUCCUCAAUCUUCUAGAUCUCUUUCACAUAUUGGGCUCAGUUCUGGAAAUAUUCUAUAUCAACGACAACAACAACAGCAACAGCAACAACAACAGCAACAGCAACAGCAACAGCAACAGCAACGACAACAACAACAGCAACAGCAGCAACAACAGCAACAGCAACAACAACAGCAACAGCAACAGCAACAGCAACAGCAACGACAACAACAACAGCAACAGCAACAACAGCAACAGCGAAUACUCAACACAUCCAAAAGAAUCCAUACAUCUUUUGAAGACUAUGAUGAUUUAGAUGCUGCUGUCUUUGUGGGGUUUCAUAUGCAAAGUCUUCAAAAGGCCAACGAAUUUCUAAACCAAUUCAAUAACGAAUCUGUACGGUCUUCUGCCAUCCUCGAAAGGUUCUACGCAGCCAAAGCGAUAUAUGAACAUCGCGUCAUGGGCAAGCCUGUAAUGAUGGAGACCAAGAGGGAUAAGGUGAACCAUAGGGAACAUAGGCGUGCCAAACGCAUCCGCGCCAAUGAGGACUGAAUUAAAUAUAGAUAUCGAAUGAAUA